AAGCCCAAUUCAGUUGCUUUUUACAAAAACCCUAGUUAAACAACCAAACCUCUCUCUGUUGCUUCGCCCAGUUUUGAAGGAAAAAUCAAAUCGCUUUAAAGAAAGCAAAGGGCUCGCAGUUGGCGUCGUAUUCGUCACAACCUAAAUCACCAAUUCAGUUUAUUCAGUUGCAAAAUGCAAUCAAACGAGGCAUCAUCUUCGAUGGAAGUUGACGCUGUCCCAUCUGAAGAAAAAGUUUUGCCUCCAAAACCAAAGUUUGAGCCUCUUAAACCUCAUGAGAUGUCUAGUGGUCAGGUUCAGUUCCGCAAGGUAUCAGUUCCACCACAUCGUUAUACACCUCUCAAGAAAGUUUGGAUGGACAUCUAUACUCCUGUAUAUGAGCAGAUGAAAAUUGACCUCCGAAUGAAUUUGAAGGCUCGAAAAGUUGAGCUGAAGACAAGGCAUGAUACACCUGACAUCAGUAACCUGCAAAAAUGUGCUGAUUUUGUUCAUGCUUUCAUGUUGGGUUUUGAUGUCAUAGAUGCUAUUGCCCUUCUGCGUUUGGAUGAGCUCUAUGUCGAGUCCUUUGAAAUCAAAGAUGUUAAGACACUUCGAGGUGAUCACUUGUCCCGUGCUAUUGGAAGAUUGUCCGGAAAAGGUGGUAAAACCAAGUUUGCAAUUGAGAAUGCAUCCAAGACAAGAAUUGUGAUUGCUGACACCAAAAUUCACAUUCUGGGAUCUUUUGCAAACAUCAAGAUUGCUAGGGAUUCUCUUUGUUACCUAAUUAUGGGAUCACCAGCAGGAAAGGUCUAUUCCAAAUUGAGAGCGGUUUCUGCUAGGCUGGCAGAGAGGUUUUGAUCUUAUAGUGAAGAAUUAUAGAGUUAUUUAGGAAUGUUUGCUGAGUGAUUGUUACAGUAAUAUCAAAUUUUGUUUUAUCCUGUCUUGUAAUGAAAGAAUUACUGUUUCUUUUUUAUUUAUUUUUUUGUAUUUGAUGACAAUUAUUUUUCCCUUUUUGAAAAGGGAGAACAGUGGUAAAAUAUGUCAAAUUUUAUGUGAUUGUAUUCUAGACCAAGUAACUAUUUUAUAACUAGGUGCUAAGGAUUUGAGGCUCCCA